GGGCGGCCCCCGCCUCCGCCGCCAUGUUGUGGGGCUGACGCCGCCGCGGGAGGCGGAGGAGGAGGAGGCAGCAGCCCUUGCGGAGCCGGCGCUGACGGGCAGCGCAACAGAUGGCUAAGAGCUAGCAAGGCAUAUUCAAGACCAUGAUGGCUCAGUUUCCCACAGCCAUGAAUGGAGGUCCAAACAUAUGGGCCAUCACCUCUGAAGAGCGGGCCAAGCAUGACAAGCAGUUUGAUAGCCUUAAACCCACAGGAGGCUACAUUACAGGUGAUCAAGCACGUACCUUUUUUUUGCAAUCAGGUCUACCAGCUUCAAUCCUUGCUGAAAUAUGGACACUAUCGGACCUGAACAAGGAUGGAAAAAUGGAUCAACAGGAGUUCUCUAUAGCCAUGAAACUCAUCAAGCUGAAAUUGCAAGGACAGCACUUGCCUGCAGUUCUCCCUCCUGUCAUGAAACAAACUCCAGUAUUUUCGCCGCUAAUGUCAGCUCGCUUUGGAAUGGGUAGUAUGCCAAAUCUGUCCAUGCCAACGUCUAUGUCUACGAUCACACCAUUAGCUCCCAUGUCUCUGACCUCCAUGACUUCCAUUCCUCCUUUGGUUAUCUCUGCUCCCCUGGUGCCUUCUGUCAGUACCUCCUCGUUGCCAAACGGAACAUCCAGCCUUCUGCAGCCUUUGUCCAUACCUUUCUCUUCAACGCUGCCUCAUACUGGUUCUUUAGGUCCCAUGGCAGGAGGGUUUGGUGGUACUAGUAUACAGAAGGCACAGUCACUAAUCGAUUUAGGAUCUAGCAGUUCAAAUUCUUCCUCUAGUGCUUCACUAGCUGGUAAUUCACCAAAGAUUGCAUCCUCAGACUGGGCAGUUCCUCAGGCCUCCAGAUUAAAAUACAGACAGAAAUUUAACAGUCUUGAUAAAAGUAUGAGUGGCUAUUUAUCAGGAUUUCAAGCAAGGAAUGCCCUUCUGCAAUCAAACCUUUCACAGACUCAGCUGGCUACUAUUUGGUCACUAGCUGAUAUUGAUGGAGAUGGACAGCUGAAAGCUGAUGAGUUUGUGUUAGCCAUGCACCUAACUGAUAUGGCCAAAGCUGGACAACCUCUGCCACUAACUCUGCCUCUUGAACUGGUACCACCUUCUUUCAGGAGUGGAAAAUGUACUGAAAAUAUAAAUGGAACUCUGCCAUCUUACCAGCCUGUGCAAGAGGAAGAGCCACAGAAGAAACAGCCAGUGACAUUUGAGGACAAAAGGAAAGCCAACUAUGAGAGAGGAAAUAUGGAGCUGGAAAAACGCCGUCAGGUCCUGUUGGAGCAGCAGCAGAGAGAGGCUGAACGUAAGGCUCAAAAAGAAAGAGAAGAACAAGAGCGAAGAGAGAGGGAACGUCAGGAACAGGAACGGAAGAAACAACUCGAAAUGGAAAGGCAGCUGGAGAGACAACGAGAGUUGGAAAGACAAAGGGAAGAAGAAAGGAGGAAAGAAAUAGAAAGGCGGGAGGCAGCAAAGCAAGAACUUGAGCGCCAGCGACGAUUGGAAUGGGAGAGAAUUCGUCGCCAAGAACUUCUUAAUCAACGUAACAGGGAACAAGAAGAAAUAGUCAAGUUGACCUCUAAAAAGAAGAGCCUUAAUCUUGAAUUAGAAGCCCUGACGGACAAACAUCAGCAAAUCUCAGGCAGAUUGCAAGACAUUCGAAGCAAAAAGCAAAUUCAAAAAACUGAACUGGAGGCUUUAGAUAAGAAAUAUGACCAAGGAAUCAUGGAAGUCAAGCAACUACAACAACAGCUUCAGGAGUAUCAGAAUAAACUAAUCUAUUUAGUUCCUGAAAAGCAGUUGUUAAGUGAAAGAAUUAAAAAUGCUCAACUUGAAAACACUCAGAGUACAGGAAUCAGUUCAGUGCACAAGAAAUCCCUAGAAAAGGAAGAAUUGUGCCAAAGACUUAAGGAACAACUAGAUGCCCUUGAGAAAGAAACUGCUUCUAAACUUGCUGAAAUGGAUGCGUUUAACAGUCAGCUUAAGUGUGAGAAUAUGGAUGAUUCUGUUCUUCAGUGCCUUUUGUCUCUGCUAAGCUGUCUCAACAACCUCUUCCUCUUACUUAAGGACCUGAGAGAAAGUUACAGCACACAGCAAUUAGCCUUGGAGCAGCUCCACAGGAUCAAACAGGACAAAAUAAGAGAGGUAGAAAAAAGAAGAGCUGAACUUGCACAGAAAAAGCGACUAGAAGAUGAGGCUGCAAGGAAAGCAAAACGGGAGAAGGAGAACCGAUGGCAGGAAAAUAUCCGAAGGGAAGAAGAAGAGAAAAAGAAACGAUUGGAGGAAGAACGAAUGCAGGAAAAAGUUCAAGAAAAGCUGAAAGCUGAAGAAGCAGUUGCUCUGAUGAGAGAAAGGGAAAAUAACCAACAGCUUCAUGCAGAGGAGGAGAAAAAUAGGCAAGCCACAGUCUUGAGGGAGACAGAACAACAAAGGCAGAGGCAACUGGAAGAAGAUAAAAGAAAGCAAGAACAAAUUGCAAAAGAAGCUGAGGAGAGGCAUAAGCAGAAUGAAGAAAUAAAGAAGAUAAAAGAAGUGACCAACUCUCAAGCGGUGGAGAAACGCACUUCCAAAUUAAACAUAAAUGAGAAGUUUGCAGAUCUGUUGAAACCAACAGAGGGUAAAAGUCUUAAGCCACCCUGGAAGAAUGAAGGCAAUGCAGUUAGUGUCUCAGAGUCUAGGAAUUCAGUUGCCUUGGUAAAUUACAGAGCUUUAUAUCCAUUUGAAGCAAGGAAUCAUGAUGAGAUGAGCUUUAAUACUGGGGAUAUAAUUCAGGUUGAUGAAAAAACUGUGGGAGAGCCUGGUUGGCUUUAUGGGAGUUUUCAAGGACAUUUUGGUUGGUUUCCAUGCAAUUAUGUAGAAAAAAUACCAGAAAGAGAAAAAUCUGUAUCUCCUAAGAAGGCCUUACUUCCUCCUACAGUAUCUUUAUCUACUACCUCAGCUGCUUCAGAACCACUUUCACCAAGUAGAUCUGCAGAAGAAUCUGAUCACCAAAACACACCUUUUUCUAGCUUGAAUGUUAAUACAGCAUGGCAACAGAAAUCAGCUUUUACUCGCACUGUGUCCCCUGGAUCUGUUUCACCCAUUCAUGGACAGGGGCAGCCUGUCGAGAACUUAAAAGCACAAGCACUUUGCUCUUGGACUGCAAAAAAAGAGAACCACUUGAAUUUUUCAAAAAAUGAUAUCAUUGCUGUCCUGGAGCAGCAGGAAAACUGGUGGUUUGGAGAGGUACAUGGAGGAAGGGGUUGGUUUCCAAAAUCAUAUGUUAAGCUCUUACCUGGGAGCGAAAUCAAGAAAGAGGAACCAGAAGCUAUUUAUGCAGCUGUAAACAAAAAGCCUAAUACACAGUCUUACGCAGCAGGAGAGGAGUAUGUUGCGCUCUAUUCAUACUCAAGCUCUGAGCCUGGUGACUUGACUUUCACGGAAGGUGAGGAAAUCCUAGUGACCCAGAAGGAAGGGGAAUGGUGGACCGGGAGCAUUGAUGGCAGAACUGGAAUCUUCCCCUCCAAUUAUGUCAGACCAAAGGAUCAAGAAGCUUCUAGUAAUGCUGGCAAAACUGGAACAAUAAAUAAGAAACCCGAAAUUGCUCAGGUUACUACUGCCUAUGCUGCAUCAGGAACUGAACAGCUUAGUCUUGCUCCUGGACAGCUAAUACUUAUUCUGAAGAAAAAUGCUAGUGGAUGGUGGCAAGGAGAGUUGCAGGCAAGGGGGAAAAAGAGACAGAAAGGAUGGUUCCCUGCCAGCCAUGUGAAAUUACUGGGUCCAAGCAGUGAAAGAACCACAUCUGCUGCUCCCUCAGUGUGUCAAGUGAUAGCGAUGUAUGAUUACAUGGCAAACAAUGAAGAUGAGCUCAGUUUCUCCAAAGGGCAGCUUAUUAAUGUACUGAGCAAAGAUGAUGCUGACUGGUGGCAAGGAGAAAUCAGUGGUGUGACAGGUCUCUUCCCCUCAAACUACGUGAAGAUGACCACGGAUUCUGAUCCAAGUCAGCAGUGACCCAAUGUUGUCUUCCAGUGUGAAAGCACCUCAGAGACCCACUAUCCAAGUUUGACUGUAGCGUGGAGGCAGGGUGGCCAGCCCUGCUCACAUAUCUCUGACACAAUCCUUUUGCUUCGUUUGAACAUUAGAUCCAGUCAAGAAAUCAGUUUUUUGUGGGUUUUCUUAUAAUCUACAGUUACAGUUGAUUUGUAAAAGCAGAAAGGAUAGUGGGUCUUUGUGUGGCUUUCACUGCUGUUCAUUCUUGUUUCCUUUAGUAUUUUUCUUUGGUAUUGAUAAUCGUAGAUCAUUAGCAUGCAUAUCAAGUUAUCGUUUGCAUGGUGGGAUUGCAGACACACAAAGACCCACUAUUUGCACAGUUUAUCUGAGCUGUUUUGAAUGGGCAGUUGUGUUCUUUUAAUGUUGUAAUGUACAUACUUUGCAGAAUUAAAAUGUUCGCUGAUUACUGUUCUAAUGGACUUGAUGUAAUCUCUUAUAUAUUGAGCUCUUAAAAUUGGCAGCCUACAAGGCUCAUCCAGGAAACAAACCCUACCUGUCUCUGCUGCUGAUAGUCACUGUGAUUACAAACAUGCUACAAGAUCUAAGAUUUAGAUCUGGCGCAGUCCAUCCAGCCUUUUAAUACCCUUUUUAACUGGGGAAAGAACUAUUAAGCAUAGAGUGGAGGAUAUUUUAAUUUUUUUCUCCCUUCACAGUAGUACUAUAGCAGGAAUUCAGGUUGUUCUGGCUCAAUAUAUCCUAUCCCUAAACAACCUCCUUUCUUUAAAUACUUUAUUCCAAUAAUUCGUAUUUGCUUUCAGUUUUAGCAAACAGCAAACAUGUACUAGUUACUGCAGUAAGUACUUAUACAGCCUCUGUGCUACUAGACCCUUUCCCUGCCCCUUUUCUUCAUUAAAUAGUUAACGGUACUGAAUAGUGUUUUUAUCUGGCUACGGUCUGCAGUGACUUAACGUAAGUACUAUCUGAAAGCUGCAGCCUAAUACAUGGGUAACCUCAAGAAAGAUAUGUUGCCAGAAAAGAAACACUAACAGACACCUGGAGCUGAAGGCAGAGCAUUUGGGUUUAGAAAUGGAACUAUACUCCUCAGCUCAAAAGUGGUCCUUAAAGGUACAGUUAUGGCAUGUCAGCAGUAUGGUGCAGUAAAGGCGCUCACAUUUUAUUAGUUUGGGCGGAGGGAAGGAGGGACCAGGACUUCAGGACUAUAACCCUGAUACCCCUUUAAAUAAAAGGAUUAAUUUAAUAGCGGACUGCUUGUCUAAUUAAAUAGUGCUGUGCUCCUGUAACAACAGGAGAGAUCUAGUAGACACGGUAUUUAAUUUAGUUGGUUUCCUGAAGUUGGUUACGAAACAGCAAAGGUCACUUAUGCAAUCAGAAAUGUUUACAAAACACUGCUUGUUUACUAUAUACAUACAUAUAUAUAUAUAUAUAUGAAUGUUGUGAAGGUACUAUCAGGAAAAGGUUAGUCCAAUUGCAGAGAUUAAAAAGACUUUCUCCAAAACUUCUAUGUUACGUAUUUAAUAUACUUGAUCAAAUAAUGUAUGUGUGCCCUUUAGUUCAGAGAGAUAUCUUUUGUGCAAUAUGGACUACAGCAAUGUGCCUACAUAAAACUACAAAUGGGUUUUUAUUCUGGAUGUAUUUUGUCUAAACCAAUAUUUUGUUAUAGAAUGAAAUCAUGUUAUUGUAGGCAAGUAAUGUGCUAGAUAUUUCCUCAAGUAUUCUAGCUGACUUGAUUUCCUUAUGAAACUACAUUUUAAGUAUUUCUACUAAAAUAUGCUAAUCACCCUGAAUUGCCUUCUCUCAAUUUCUGACUUUGAAAGCCUGUUUAAUACAGGUGCAAGUGUGUUGUGCUACACCAGUGGCAUUGAGCAGUCACUUACUGUAGUCUAAUAAUUUAUCUUAUAAAUUAUCCCAUUUCUAAAAGGCACUGUUAACCUGUGGGAUUUGAGCCAAACUGACUUCCCAAUGUUCAGUGACAGUUUUCCUUGAAUGCCAAAUUGCUACUAAUUGUCUUUGAAAAACUAAAACCAACUUCACAUCCUAUCUAGGAUGUUCUAGGAAAUAGUUACAUGGCAUUUUCCAAAAACAACUGGCAUUCUACCCAUUUUUUAACUGAUAUAAUUGGAGAUGAGGGUAGUAUUAGGUAGAGUUUCACACAAGUGGCCCUAUUGUUGGGCAUGUAGUUGAGCAUUGAUAAUUAUUGAAACAGCUGCCCCUCAUUUUGAACUGAUGAGUAUUGAAAUGAAGCAUUUUGGGCUUUCACAGUUACCUUUUCAUGUUUCAGUAUUACCUGAGUAUGCCUCAAAUUCUCUAACUGUAAUAACAAAGAUAAUACACCUUAAUAAUGCUGAUUGACAGAGACAUAGUCCCUGCCUUCCGUAUUUAUCUCUACUGCAAAGGUCUGCCUAACACAGCUCAAGCACAAUCACCUGAGAGCUCUGCUCUCCUGUUGCACACUGGUGCAGAAAGAAUUGAAUACAUGCAUCAGAUCAUCAAUGGGAGAGACUAUGCCAAGGAUGUAUUUAAGGCAAGAUUAUUUUAAAAUAAUGUUCUGUAUCAAUGAAGAGGUGUAGCUAAUAGACGCUGGGCUUAAAUCAGACUUUUUCUUUCAAAAAUGUUACUUUUUUUCUGGUUGUGUUCAAUCCACUCUCUUGUUGAUACAAGUCCAUAGAGCUGAGUUCAGCUGUCGUCCCAGCCAGCCAAGUAAAACUAGUGUUGAAGUGUACACCCCUUAUUUGGGUGAAAAAGGUUGGCUUUAGAACUAAGGACAAGGUGGAAAAUAGAGGGGUUUUGUUGAACUGAUGGUCCCCAGUCAAGAACUGAGAGUCUAAAUGUUGCUCAGAGCCACACAAGGUUAACAGUUAAAACUGAAGCCAACCAGGAAAGCAAAAUAUGAUGUUGCCUGCAGCAUAAUACUUGCUUAAUAUUGUUCCUGUGGGCCAGCAGAGAAUAGGGGCCAUGGUGUAAUUGGGAGUAAGAAUGUAAACGAUGCUGUAAAUGCACAAGAGCAGGUACUGAAACGCUUCCUAAUUUUUUAACUGUCUAAUUUGCAUAAUGGACUAACAACCUACAAAAGUGUAGUUUUACAAAAGUGUAGUUUUACAAAAGCGUAGUUUACAGAGCUGAGUUCCUGAUCCAGCGGUUGGAUCCAUGCAGGAAAGUCUUAUGCCACCACCAAGACCCGGUUGCAGGGCUGGGGUGUGCGAGUCGUCAGUGAUGGUGAAGGGCUGUGAAAGCAUACAAAGCGCUAUCUUAAUGUCAGUGGUAAUAGCGUUACAGUUAGGAGUGCAGAAGGCAUAAAGCUCCAUCAAAAAACUCACACGCUAAUAAUUGAAACGUCUCCUACCAGUCACUGAAUAUUUAUGCCAUCUUGAUGCUCUGUCAGAUUGUAUCCCUGUGUGAUUUUCUUGAGUCGGGUUGAAAACACCUGUAAAUAAGUCUGCUUGUAGGAAUGCUGACAGAUCUUGGCCUGUAGUAGUGUUGGGAGCUGCUACAGGGCCAUGCUACUUCAAUGUAAUGAACUAGUAAAACUGCUACGUAAUGGUGUGUGCUACCUUAAAAUCUCAUUUGUUGUUCUUUUCAAGCUAGAGUAUUCAUGUUUGGGGAUGAUUGUUAAGACAUGCAAAUGCAGGCUGUGCUUUAGCAUGAGGCAAUUGUUCAUCUUUGGGUUUAAACAAAGUUGUAAGAUAACUAUGCAAAUGUAUUUUAUUAAAGGGACACAUAAAAGGA